AUCAAUAAUAGUAGUAAUAAAAAGCACGUCAUCAUAUCAAUCUGUGUCUCUGUGUAAGGUUAGGGUUUAGGUUAAGUUUGACUACGUACGAUCGAAUUUGUUAAUGGCGGGGGCUGGAAUCCAUCCAUACCACCACCAGCAAUGGCCACAAGCAGCUGCUCCUCCGCCUCCACCGGCUGCAGCAGCAGCAGGUGGAGCUCCUCCGCCUCCUUCCGGUGUCCACCAUCCACAUCCUGUCCUUGUCGAUAACAGCCGCGGCGGUCCCACUUAUGAUGAGGUGAGGACAAUUUUCAUAACUGGGUUACCUGAAGAUGCAAAGGAAAGAGAAUUGCAAAAUUUAUUAAGAUGGUUACCUGGCUAUGAGGCUUCUCAAGUUAAUUAUAAAGGAGAUAAGCCUAUGGGUUUUGCUCUUUUUUCUGCUCCCCACUAUGCUAUUGCUGCUAAGGAUGCUCUCCAGGACCUGCUUUUCGACGCCGAGUCCAAGUCUGUUCUCCAUACUGAGAUGGCCAAGAAGAAUCUUUUUGUUAAAAGAGGAAUAGUGGUGGAUUCUAAUGCUUAUGAUCAGAGUAAGCGACUCAGAACUGGCGGUGACUAUUCUCACUCUGCGUAUACGCCUCCAUCACCCUUUCAUCCUCCUCCUCAGCCUGUAUGGGGACCUCAUGGGUAUAUGCCUCCUGCUCCUCCUCCAUAUGAUCCAUAUGCAGGAUACCCUGUUCCUCAGGUACCCAUGCCCGCCCCUGCUCCCAUGCCAGCUCCUAGCAGUUAUGUACCUGUUCAGAAUACAAAGGACAACCCUCCUUGUAAUACCCUAUUUAUCGGUAAUCUUGGAGAAAAUAUCAAUGAGGAUGAACUAAGGGGUCUAUUCAGCGUACAACCUGGCUUCAAGCAAAUGAAAGUUUUGAGACAAGAAAGGCAUACUGUUUGUUUUAUUGAAUUUGAAGAUAUGAACAGUGCAACAAACGUGCAUCGUAGUUUGCAAGGUGCUGUCAUCCCAAGUUCUGGCUCCAUUGGCAUGAGAAUACAGUAUUCGAAGAAUCCAUUUGGGAAGAGGAAAGAUGGGAGCCAUCAUGUUGCAUCUCCGAGUUCGAAUGGAGGUCCACCAGCAAUGACGUACCAGUAGCUUGAAGGGGAUGUACUCUGAUCUUGAAAUACAUGAUACUGAUAGGAUGCAUCUUGGCAUGCAUCCAUUUCAUCAUCAACAUCAGCAUUUCAUAAUGAAUCAUCUGGUCAUGUUAUACUAAUUUCUUGAGGACAUGCAUUUGUCUGGCAGCAUAUGUUGUUGAUGUUCGUCUUAUAUUUAUGUUUUCUUAUCUUAAAACACACUGUGAUAUUAGGCUCAGUUACAUUUGAUCACUUUUCCGUAAGCAUAUCAUGGCACAAAUCUGACAACAAAAUCACAUUUCAUAGUCAUUGCCAUCAACUCCAUUGCUUUAGUCUAUUUCAUGAACUGAAUCAAAAUCCCGAUGAUUCAGCGUUUAUGCAAUUGUAAGCAUCAUAACAUGUAGGAUUUGGGCACCUGUGAUUUAUAUGCAGGCUUUUUGGUACAAAAUGGAGAAGCGUCCAUUCGUAUGAGGAAGUGAAUAACAGCAAGAGUAUUCAGGUUCUAGGUUCACAGGCUGAGGCAUACAUCAAAUAAAUACCGACAAUGCGUAGCUCUGGUGCAAUCUGAUAAACUGGAUUAAAGGAAAGAGAUCGAAUGCAAAUAUAACGUGAUUAUUUUAGGUAGUUCUAAAAAAGCAUAUGGGAUUAUUUGUUAUCCUAACUUUUAAAUCAAACCAUGACAUUUUAUGGCUUUUAGUGUAUUUUAUUUUUAACAA